UUUUAAAAAGCCAAAUCCACCCACUUACUCCAUUUCCUUUUCAGUUUCCAUCACUCUCUUUCUGUCUCUCUCUCUCUCUCCGUUCUUCUUGGCCGUUUCCGUGGAAGAGGAGAUUUGUAAAGGAAAAGGAGGAAAAUGUGGAAGCUGAAGAUCGCGGAGGGAGGAAGUCCGUGGCUGCGGACGAUUAACGGCCACGUGGGCAGGCAGUUUUGGGAGUUUGAUCCGAACGCCGCCGUUUCGGAGGGAGAACUAGCCUCGAUCGAGGAGGCUCGCGAGAAUUUCCGCAUUAAUCGGUUCGAGAAAAAGCACAGCGCCGAUCUUCUCAUGCGUCUUCAGUUUGCACAGGAGAACACAAGUAUUGCAGUUUUGCCCAAAAUCAAAGUAAAGGAGAUAGAAGAUCUCACAGAAGAUAAUGUUGCCCAAACAUUAAGAAGAGCCAUCAGUUUCUAUUCAACUCUACAAACUCAUGAUGGGCACUGGGCUGGAGAUUAUGGAGGUCCAAUGUUUCUUAUGCCAGGCCUGAUCAUUACUCUAUCUAUCACUGGUGCAUUGAAUGCAGUAUUAUCCAAGGAACAUAAGCUUGAGAUGUGUCGUUACAUUUACAACCACCAAAACCCAGAUGGUGGGUGGGGAUUGCAUAUUGAGGGACCAAGUACCAUGUUUGGCUCAGUGUUGAAUUAUGUUACCUUGAGAUUGCUUGGUGAAGGGCCUAAUGAUGGAGAUGGCACAAUGGAGAAAGGGCGAAAGUGGAUUUUGGAUCACGGUGGUGCCACUGCAAUAACUUCUUGGGGGAAAAUGUGGCUUUCGGUACUUGGGGCAUAUGAAUGGUCUGGAAAUAAUCCUCUGCCACCUGAGAUAUGGCUUUUGCCUUAUGCUCUUCCAUUCCAUCCAGGAAGAAUGUGGUGCCACUGUCGGAUGGUUUAUCUACCAAUGUCUUAUUUGUAUGGAAAGAGGUUUGUGGGUCCAAUUACACCAACAGUUCUAUCUUUGAGAAAGGAAAUCCAUGCAGUUCCUUACCAUGAAAUUGAUUGGAAUCUAGCUCGUAACCAAUGUGCAAAGGAAGAUCUAUACUAUCCACACCCUCUAGUGCAGGAUAUACUUUGGGCAUCUCUUCAUAAAGGUUUGGAACCAAUUUUGAUGCAUUGGCCUGGGAAAAAGCUAAGAGAGAAAGCUGUUAGUGUUGCAAUGGAACACGUACAUUAUGAAGAUGAAAAUACUCGCUAUCUGUGCAUAGGUCCUGUGAACAAGGUCUUGAACAUGCUUUGCUGUUGGGUGGAAGAUCCAAACUCUGAAGCUUUCAAGUUGCAUCUAUCAAGAAUCUAUGACUACCUCUGGAUUGCUGAAGAUGGCAUGAAAAUGCAGGGAUAUAAUGGAAGUCAAUUGUGGGACACUGCAUUUGCUGUUCAAGCAAUCAUUUCCACAAACCUUGCUGAAGAAUAUGGUCCAACUUUAAGAAAAGCAUAUACAUUCAUUAAAAAUUCGCAGGUUCUGGAUGAUUGCCCAGGAGGUCUUGAUUCAUGGUAUCGUCACAUUUCAAAAGGUGCUUGGCCCUUCUCAACUGCAGACCAUGGUUGGCCAAUUUCAGAUUGCACUGCAGAGGGAUUAAAAGCAUAUCUCUCUUUGUCAAAAUUACCAUCAGAGCUUGUUGGUGAAACAAUAGAUGUCAAGAGAUUAUAUGAUUCAGUUAAUGUUAUCCUUUCAUUACAGAACAGUGAUGGUGGCUUUGCAACAUAUGAACUCACAAGAUCCUAUGCUUGGCUGGAGACGAUCAACCCUGCUGAAACUUUUGGUGACAUAGUCAUUGACUAUCCUUAUGUUGAAUGUACCUCGGCAGCAAUUCAAGCCCUGACUGCAUUUAAGAAAUUAUACCCUGGGCAUAGAAGAGAAGAAGUACAGCGUUGUAUUGAGAAAGCUGCUUUGUUUAUCGAAAAGAUACAAGCGACAGAUGGCUCUUGGUAUGGCUCUUGGGGAGUUUGCUUUACUUAUGGCUUAUGGUUUGGUGUAAAAGGUUUGGUGGCGUCUGGAAGGAACUUCAACAAUUGUUCUGCCAUCCGCAAGGCCUGUGACUUCCUUUUGUCCAAACAGAUCCCUUCUGGUGGUUGGGGGGAGAGUUAUCUAUCUUGUCAAAACAAGGUAUAUUCGAAUUUAGAAGGUAACAGGUCCCACAUGGUAAACACUGCAUGGGCAAUGCUGGCUCUUAUCGAUGCCGGACAGACUGAGAGAGAUCCAACACCGUUGCAUAUUGCAGCAAAGGUAUUGAUAAAUGCUCAAUUUGAGAAUGGAGAUUUUCCGCAAGAGGAAAUAAUGGGGGUUUUCAACAAGAACUGCAUGAUCACCUAUGCUGCAUAUAGGAACAUUUUCCCCAUUUGGGCUUUGGGAGAAUAUCGAACUCGGGUGCUGAAAACCACUUGAAUUACUGCUACUCCCUUCGCAAGAAUCUGGAAGUCAGUUUUCUCCAACUUCUUGAUUUGUAGUUUCUCUUCGUUGAGGGUUUCCCUUUUGUAUAAAUCACGUAUGCAGUUAUGGAUUCAACUUUCGAAAACUAUAACAACCAGUGAUAUUAUUAGCUAAUGAAUUGCUCCUCUUGUUGUUUGACCUUUGUAAUUUUUUCAUUAUUUCUUUCCUUUAAU